AUGGCUCAGAUGAAGAUAAGUGUGAUGCCGACUCAAUGUGAUCAGCAUGAUGUGAUGUGCCUAGAUGGCAGCACAUGUAUUAAACCACUAGACAUCUGCGACGGAAACUACAACUGCCGUGACCGCAGUGACGAAGUUGGAUGUGUUGAUCGGACGACAUGCGAUCAAAGAGGAAAGUUUUUCUGCUCAGAUGGAUUUUGCAUUCCUUCUUCUUUGAAGUGUGAUGGAAAUAGUGACUGCAAUAUUGGAGAAGAUGAGAUGAAUUGUACAUGUUCUAAUAACGAGUACCAGUGCAUGGAUGGUGCCUGUAUUCCUGAUUUUGCGAGAUGUGACGGUCGUACAGAUUGUAAUGACGGAAGUGACGAAAUUGAGUGUGUGAGAGUUGACGUGCAUGGAGUCGUUCAAGUUUACAACUCUGUGACAGGAGAAUGGAACCUUGUUUGUGGACAUGAAUGGACUUCGGAAGCUGGAGAUCGUCUUUGUCAAGAACUGGGAUUCGGUGAGGCCCUAGCGGUAGAGACAAGAACAGUAGUAACAAACAGUUCCAGUUGGGCUUCAUACGAACGUUCUUUUACUCCAUCGAAUCACACAUUCUGGACUUCGAGACUACGGCUCAACUCUAGUUGUGAAGAUAGUCAGGCUGCUGUAGUAGAGUGUCGUCAGUUUAAUUGUUCAACCCUUCCUGGACCCUUGUAUCGAACAAAGCCUGUUGUUGAAGGCCUGCUAUCCUCACCUCGACAGUGGCCGUCACUAGCCAUAGUGAAGAACAUACACACAAAUAAAACUUGUCAUGCAGAAAUUAUAUCUCCAAAUUGGUUGGUGACAUCAGCAAACUGUGUUCUACAACCAUCAGAAAAUGACUCUGAUUGGUUAGUUUACACUGAAAUUGAGAAACUGGCAGAAGAUAUAGAAGACGUAAACAGCGCGAGAGAAAUUCGGAGGAUAGUUAUUCAUCCUCAUUCAUCCAAGUUCCGUUCAGUGUUUCUUCAAGAUUAUGAUGUAGCCCUAAUUCAACUUGAAAAACCACUUAAUUUUGAUGAGUACACUAGUGCCAUCUGUUUACCGGAGGAAGAAGUUAAACCUGGAAUUACCUGCUUUUCGGGAACAUUUGGUAGCAGUAUACCAAGAUCGCCACUUCCUGUCCCCUCCAGCGCCACCUAUAUUGCUUUAAUGGUUCUAGAUAGAGAUGAGUGUAAUAAGAAAGAACAUUAUGGAGGAGCUGUGAACUCUAGAAUGUUGUGUACAAAGAAUACUGACUCGUCAAGAAGUUUAUGUGAUAAUGACGAAGGAGCUCCUUUGAUGUGUUUGUCAACCAAAGGUAUUUGGCAUUUUGGAGGUGUUUUGACGUACCAACGGUGGUGCAACAUCUACAAAGAGCAUCCUGUCAUCUUUGCAAACAUAUUUUCAAUGAGAGAGUUUAUCGAAAAGAUCGUCGGUUCUAAAAACUACUGGGUUAGUUACGAUCCUGAAGUAUACACUUUUCUUACACCAGUAGCUUUUUCAACCACAACAAAGAUUAAACCAUCUCUGACACAAAUCCUUCCAGAGCCAGAGGCUGGAGUUCUAGAAGACAAAGGAAAUAAAACGACUUCGAUGGCAUCUACCAACACGAUGACUGGAAAUCUUAGUUUGGGAACAUCGAUAAAUGAAGAACUUAAAACGAUGGUUACUGAUGGUUUUGAGCUGCUUCUUAAUGACACAGAUGUCUUUCUAGAAAACAGCGAAAGUAAAGGAAAAAUGUAUAAUCACGCAGCUGUGAAAGACACGUUAAACCGUGUAAACGAAAACGCCUUUGAUUACGUUAAUCUUGAAAAUGAACAUAAUAAAACAAUGAAAACUAAGAGUUUUUUAAGCUUGAACCUGCUUAAUGAAACAGAAGACAACCAGAGUAUAAUCGCUACGUUAUCCACUUCAUUACCAAGUUAUUCUAGUUCUACUGUAAAAAGUCGACCAUUGACCCUGCCAAACCCUGAAAAUAUUCCAAGAUUAACAAACAUAAUAGGAUCUGAAGAAGUAGAAAAUGAUACACUGCUGGACACUGACGAACUAAAGAACGAUACAAUGAACCAAAUAAAAGCCAACUCAUUGAUGUCCGCAAUUAAACAGUAUCAUUCACUGGAAAAAUUAGAAAACCAAACUUUGUUCGUCAGUAUUGAACAAAAUAACAAUGUGAAGGAUGAAGAAAAUCACACUUUACUGACCACUGUUAAAAAAGAUAACAAUGUGAAGGAAGAAGAAAAUCACACUUUACUGACCACUGUUAAAAAAGAUAACAAUGUGAAGGAAGAAGAAAAUCACACUUUACUGGCCACUGUUCAACAAGAUAACAUUGUGGAAGGAAGAAGAAAAUCACACUUUACUGGCCACUAUUGA